AUGGUGGCUAGUAAUCAGGCACUUUUGUAUUUGCCGUAUCCUACUCAGGUUCUGGCCAAGUCGUGCAAGCCAAUUCCGGUGCUUCUAUGCGGUGUUCUACUGACGGGAAAGCGCUACGCACUGAAGAAAUACCUAAUAGUGGUGAUGAUUGUCAUUGGAGUGGCAAUGUUUAUGUAUAAAGACAAGAAAACGAGCGAUAUUGAAGGAGGAAUCGGGAUUGGCGAAAUUUUAUUGCUAACUUCUCUCACCCUGGAUGGCACAACAACAGCAAUCCAAGAUCAUAUCAAGAAGCACUACCAGCGAACAGCCCUCUCAAUGAUGUUCUACAUGAACAUCUUCUCCUCUCUAUUCCUCGCCAUCACGAUAUUGGCCACCGGCGAGCUGUUCAGCUUCAUUUCCUCAUCCCCACGAACAGAAGCGCUCCUCAACAAUGUCGACAAUUUGAUGUUGGAUGAAGAUGGGGCUAUUGUGGCCGGAGCGAGAAGAUCUUCGAAUAAUAACAACUCUGGCGCCGACUCUCUACCCGGCAAUUCUGCAUCACCGCCUCGAGCCUCUUCCCGCGCGAGCAGCCGCAGCUUCUUCAGCAGAAUCUUCCGAAAAGACGGCGAACCGGCCAGGGAUGAACCGCUGAUAACAGACAAUGGCUCGAUUGCGCAAUUCGUGUGGGAUGCCCUAGAGAAGAAGAAUUCGAAAAGAGACAGGAUUCGAGUGUUGAGAAGAUUACAGGAGCUAAUGAUCUCAAAAACGCUGCAAGUCUCUUCAAUCGAAGGUAUCGUGCAUCAAUCGAUCGAUUUGGUCACCGAACCGGAUUGCAGGGAUUUUGUUAUUAGGGCCUAUAUCUCCAUCACGCAGACCCAAUUCGACAGUAUUGGCAUUGUUUUGAGGGGACAAUUCUUUGAUAAAAUCCGGACCUCUGAACUCGAUGCGAGGAGCCUCGAAUGGCUGAUGGCGCUGACAAAACAGGGCACAUUCAUCGAAGGACUCGAGAAAGUGAUGGACCACCACGUGCUUCAAUGGCUAAAGGCGUAUAUCGAUGGAAGUGACCAAAUUCUAGCCGUGGAUGUCUUCAAAAUGACCAUCAAUAUGGUUACGGAGAAUCUGGCUUUUGUUGGAAUUCCGGGAGACAGCUAUCACAAGGUGGUCCUCGGCAUUUGCUUUGUUUUGGCGAUAGAAGACAAAGGAAAGCUAGCCGACAGCCUCCGAAAUGACGGGUGGACAGUGGCGCAGGCAUUAAUGCGAAGUCAAUUUAGCUGUACGGCACGAGGUCUCAUCCAAGAGCUGCUCCAAUCUGCCCCUCGCUUUGGCCACCAUUCCGACAGAUUCUCCUAUAGCCAUCAAGAAUUUGUGCAAGUCAUCAGAGGGGGUGUCUUCUGGCUCGCGAAAUCUGGAUGGGGAGUCGAGACGAUGGAACCGGGCAGUCCUACAUAUUAUCUAUCAUCCCUUCGAAUGGCCAUGAGGGCAGAUCCGCAUGUUUGCAAGGAGGUCAUCGAGAGCCUGCGAGCCCUCCUGCUCCGCUAUGGCCGCGGCUUCGCAGAUGAGAAUUGGCGGCACACGAUCCACGUCCUCGAAUCCGCCGACAAAUUAUGCAAAAAGGACAGAGCUUAUGAAGAGAUGUGUCGCCCGGUCAUUUAUCGAUUGGUCCAUUCUCUUGAGGAAAUGGAUGGUCUCGUCCAUUGGUGCCGCAAUUAUGUCUACGAUAUUGUCGAGGUUUACGGCGAUUUGAAAGAGCCAUCGGCUGUUCAUCGGCUCAUUCAGGACCGAAUUUCGAUGGUUGAUAUCUACUCUCCUCGCUGGGUUGAAGAACUACGGGAAGCCCUUUGGCCCUAUUUUCUAGCCCAAAAAGGACUCCCGGCACGGCAGAAUUAUAUGAGAAGAGAAAAGUCGUUGCAAGCGAUCAAGGAAUAUCUGAAGCAAAACAAGCUGAUGUGUGAGGUGGAGCUGGUGGAAAGGGUCGUGCUGCCGAUGCUUGGAUUUGCCCCCAGAGAACCACAUCCCAAGAUACAGGCCCUGAUGAUCAGCCUGCUCUUCGAAAUCCUGAAAGUGAUCCCGGUAGAUGAACAAUGCUUUCAUGACGCCAUUAUCAUCGCCCGGAAGCUGUUCAACGAGGGACUACUCGGUGUUGAAGAUCGUCGUGAUCGCCGCCUAUCCCAUUCUUCCAUCCGCUCAUUCCAAACGAACCUUGAUCAACGCCAAAUUGCCAACCACCUCAAACAACGCCAGAAUUCUGGGAGCAGCUUUAAUAGUGGCCCUUCCACGGCCCGGCUAAUACUCGAAAAUCUCGAAGUAACUGCCCAGCAAUUAUGUGCCAUCACAGCUUCCCGAUUCCCCGAAUUCCCCGGCAAUAUUAUGAGGGAUAUUUUGGAGCUUUUCGUCGCCCAUAUUUCCACACAAUAUCAACAAGGAAAGUUCCACGAACUCGGUGGCUCUGUUCGAGUGCGGAUCUUCUCGGCUAUUUUGUCCGUUCAAGCAUGCCCAAUUUCGCACCGGAUUCAACGCUAUGAGCUGUACGACUAUGCCCCCACCAUCAAUUCGUUCACGUUUCUGAAGGGAUCUACGAAAAAACUGGCGGAAAGCAAGGAGCUGUCGUUCGAUCUGGUGGCCCCAAUUAUUGUGGAAGCAUUGCGAAAAGAGACGCAUUGGAAGGCUCUUCGUUCUAUCCUAAAAAGUCUCAAUCGGACGCUAGAGUCGAUCGAUUUCAUCAUGAGUUGUGGGCAACAGAAUUUGGACGCUCUUUUGGAUGGAUGUAUUGACAUGUUUGAGAGGCUGAAGACGUUAAAGGUAGCCGAUUCUGAGAUUGUGAUCUACCUUCCGCAACUCCUCAUCGCAAUCCUCAACUACCCACUAGAAGAGAAACGUCAGCGAGAAGUCUGCCGGAUUCUGGUGGAAUGUCUCAAGAUAAAAGUCGGACAUCACUCCGAAGCGAUACAAUCUUGUGGAUUGGCUGUACAGAUGCUGCCAGAACAAAUGGCGCUGUAUGCGCAUCAGAUUCUCCUCACGAUCCGUUCCCUCGAUCCAUCCCCCCGAAGAGCAAUCCCUGUAUUGGAGUUGAUGAGUGAUACGAGUGGCAUUGAGAUGUUGCACACCAUCUUUCAGGAAGAAAACUUCGAGAUGGUUGUGGAUAUCCUGGUGCCGUAUCUAAACAUCAAAGUACAUUCAAUCUAUGUUGUUGUAUGUGCACAUCGUAUUCUCAUGAGAUGGUUCUCAAAAGUACCACGCAUUUAUAGGGCUGAUAUUUCCAGAUAUUACGAGGAGAAGGUAGAGGAAGCGCUUCAGAGACAUGCCAGUGAUAGUCAGAAGCCGAAUGCUAAUGGAAUGGAGGAUGAGGUUGAUGAGGAUUCGCCGAGUAAUUCCCUGCAAGGAAACACCCCACCCUCCGAAUAUUUUCAACGCGGAUCGAAGGGACGCCUCAGCCACAAACUACAGAAAAAGUUUAUGAAAGAGAUUCAAACGGCGCUCCUCCAGUUCUUCCGGUUAGGCCGAAUAUCUGCCCAUGUUUUUGGUGGAAUGCCAGAAGUUGAUGGAUAUGAAGAAGUAGAAUCGACAACAUAUUCAACCGGGGAUAGUAUUGUCACGCUGAGAAAUAUGGUCAAAAAGGGCAGCAGAGCCAUCGAACAACAAGAUCAGGAAGACCGUUUCUCGGAGAAUAUCACCUCGUGGUCAUCCCCUCAUGUCGAUCCUGAUGCUAGGAGAAGACAUGCUUCUGCCAUCCGGCCCUCUACUUCCGCUUCCUCAUCUAGGGCAUCAAUCGCCGAGAAGAGGGACGAGCAGGACAGGAUCCUGCGUGACCUGCGUGCUGCAGCCGCUCAAAAUCCCCGUACCGUUGAGACGUAUCAGACGGCCCUCGAAGCUGCACACAAAUUCACGCCUAUCCCGAAAGUACACGAAGGAAAGAUCAGCGUGACGCAGAUGAUUGUGCGUCAUAUGUACGGAAGGGAUUCGUGGAUUAUGAGGAGGAUCGAUCAGGCUGGAUUUGGGCCCAAUUUGGAUGGAAUGGAUGAAUACGGGUCUCUUUCCCUCCACCUCUCCGGAUUGUCCGGCUCCAAGAGGAUCGGCCCGAAAAAGACGAAUGACCUUGUGUCGACGCGUAUCCGUAAUCUGGACCGUAUCUCUGGAAUAGAGCUUCAUCCUGUCGGGGUGAUAUUUAUGGGAAGUGGACAAUCGACAGAGACUGAUGUCCUCUCUAAUCCAUAUGGCACCAAGAGAUAUGAACAUUUCAUCAAAUCCCUGGGCACCCCUCAAUCGACGGCUCAUGAUUUGGGAGGAGGGCUGAUUGCCGAGAAGAAUGGAGAUUAUACGUACACACAUUUGGACGAGAUUAGCAGUAUGGUAUUCCUCAUCGCCACCCUAAUGCCACGCCUCGAAAAUGACGACAAAUGCAAUAAUAAGAAGAAGCUCAUUGGCAAUAACGUGUGCUGUAUGGUGUGGAAUGAGAGUGGCAAACGAUACCAAAUGGGCUCCCUUUUUGGGGAUUUUAUCCAUGUGGUCAUUGAGGUAGUGCCAGUUGGAGAUGAUUCCGUUCGUAUCGAAGUGCAUGCAAGACAUGAUAUUGAAGUGUGGAUGGCGUUGAGGAGGGCCCUCGUUCCCGAGAACGCUGCUCCCAAUAUUAUUCGAAAACUGUGCAUCCGCGCGAAGCUGGCAGCCGACAUCCUGCGCUGUUCCCCCAAAGAUCUCCCGGAUCUGGCGAGAAUCGUCGAAUUGGCCGCCAAAUUGAGUUCGUCAAAAGGAACCGAAAUCAAGCAACACGACAUCUUUUAUGAAGCGCCAAAUGGACGGCUGAAGAUGAGAAUGUUGUCUACGGAAGGAGAGAACCGGGAUUUUAUGGAAUUGGAGGUGUGUCUUCGCGAGGAACAAAGUCUAGAAGAUGGCCAAAAGAUUGCCGAUGAUCUGAGGAGGGAAUUGGAGGUGGCUGAAGCGGAUCUGUUGACUGGCGCCGACAUGGAUAUGAUCAACAAAAAGCCCCUGAAU